AUGGGAAAUUAUAUUCUCAAACUAUGUUAUGCUUUGUUUUUCAUUUUGUUGCAUUCUGCAAGUUCAAUCCAUGGAUAUUUCAACUCAACAAGUAGUACUAAAGAAGUAAAAUGCAAAGAGAGGGAGAAAGAAGCACUCUUAAGGUUCAAACAAGGCCACCAAGAUGAUUAUGGCAUGCUUUCCACAUGGAGGGAUGAUGAGAAAAAUAGAGAUUGUUGCAAGUGGAAAGGAAUUGGUUGCAACAAUCUUGUUGGAGUAAUCCCUUGUGAACUUGGAAAUCUAGCAAAACUACAGUAUCUUAACCUUGGAGGAAAUUCUCUUUCAGGAGCAAUCCCUUAUCAACUUGGAAAUCUUGCACAACUGCAGUUUCUUGAUCUUGGAGACAAUUUACUUGAUAGAACAAUCCCUUUCAAGAUUGGGGAGCUUUUGAUGUUGCAAUCACUAUGGCUUCACCUGUCAAAUAAUUUGUUGCAAGGUCACAUUCCAGAUAACUUUGGUAACACAAUGAACUCUCUUGAAUAUCUCAACCUUUCUAACAACGAACUGCAAGGCGAGAUUCCAACAUCCUUCGAAAAUCAUUUAUCAGACCACAUUCCAAAAUGUUUGCACAACUUCAGUGUUAUGGCUGCAAUAAGUAUGAGCAUGACUAUGAUUGAUAAUGUAAGUCACAACUAUCAUAACAAUAUUACUAGCAGCAGAUAUGAUUACUACAUUUCACUCAUGUGGAAAGACGUAGAAGACGUGUUCAAGAAUCCUGAGUUGCUUCUGAAGAGCAUUGAUCUGUCGGGAAAUAAUUUAACCAGAGAAGUACCAAAAGAAAUCGGAUCUCUAUUCGGAUUGGUGUCUUUGAGUUUAUCAAGGAACAAUUUGAGUGGAGAAAUAAUGUAUGACAUUGGGAAUUUGAAAUCACUAGAGUUUCUUGAUUUGUCUAGGAAUCGUUUCUGCGGUGAAAUUCCUAACAGUCUGGCUCAUAUUGAUAGUUUAAGUGUGAUGGAUUUGUCACACAAUAAUCUCAUUGGUGAAAUACCAAUUGGAACACAGUUACAAAGCUUUGGUGCAUAUAGUUAUGAAGGAAAUCUCGAUCUUUGUGGAAAACCACCGGAAAAACCUGCUCAAAAGAUGAUGUUCCAUCAUGCCCCUUAUGCCCUGGGUGACACACGUGCUACAAUGGACGGGACAAAGGAUCGCGACCCCGCGAGGGUGAGCUAA